AUGCCGGGCAUAUCGAAGCUUUCCCUCGUCGAGGGCAACUUUGAGGAGCUCGCGCUCGAACUCGCGACGUACCUCGACAGCGCAAAAGGCGAAGGCUCGACCAUCGCAGCGGACAUUACACCCCUCCUCGCCGAUACGACCGCCGCCAGUGAGGAGCGCGAGCCCGACAGCAGCCGACCUGCCACCACCGACCGCGAUGCAGUGCUGAAGAAGCUGGUGACCGCCAGCAGCAUCUUGAACGGUGCUCCGGAACGCGAGCUGCAGGCCGCCUACAACCACCUCAUCCACCUCAUCCAGCAGGCCGAAGAUCCAGACACAUACCUGCCACACAUCUGCCGCUAUCUGACCGCACCUGUCACUUCCUCCCCACACAAUGGUACCGGUAUUGCACUUGGAAUCCUCAGCACUCUCUUCAACUCCAUUGAGCCAGACGAUGAGUCGCGGUAUCAUGUUCUGUUGGCCAUUGUCAAUGUGAUCAAGAACUCGGGCAAUUACGAGACACUCGCACCACAACUGAAGCAUGUGGACAGCUGGGUCGCUGAGUGGGAGUUGGAGCCUGCUGACGCACGCAAACUCUACCUCGCCGUCGCCGACGCUGCAGCCGCUGCCAACGAGUCCGAGCAGUCAUACACAUACCUCCUGAGAGCUCUGCGUACUGCCCAAUCCGAGCCUGCGUCUUCCGGGACCCGCGAUCUUUCCGUCCGCGCCCUUAAGGUCGCCCUGCAAAACUCCAAGCACUUCGACUUCCAAGACCUCACCGCACUCGAAUCCAUUCAGGCGCUACGUAAGAGCGACGCGACAUGGUUCGAGCUCCUGGAGCUCUUUACCUCGGAGAACUACGACGACUUUCAGGACUUCAAGGAGGGUACACCAAACUUCCUUUCAGAGCAAUCUCUCGACGAGGAUAUCCUCGACAAGAAGAUGCGCCUCCUCACCCUCGCCUCGCUCGCCGCACAGGCAUCUUCAUCCCGCACACUUCCAUACGCACACAUUGCCCGCGCACUGCAAAUCAGCCCAGAGGAGGUUGAGAUGUGGGUUAUUGACAGCAUCCGCUCAGGAUUGGUCGAGGGAAAGCUUUCCCAGCAAAAGAGCGAGUUCCUCGUACACAGAUCGACAUACCGCGUAUUUGGAGAUAACCAGUGGAGGGAAGUCGCAAGCAGAUUGGAGACGUGGAAGGGCAGUUUGAACAACAUUCUGAGCGUUAUCCGUGCGCAGAAGGAGGAGUAUCUAAGGGAGAAGGAGGCGGAGUUGAGUGGUUCGGGAGCGCCGCAGCAAGGUGGCGGUGGACGGCCUUGGCAGAAGAGGAUCCCUGAGAGGAGGGAUCAGCCUGCAGCGGCUGUGGAGGUGGAGUAA